AUGGGUCAGACCUUGUCGGAGCCGGUGGUCGAGAAGACCUCGUCCGAGGGUGGAGAUGACUGCUGUAUCUAUGGUGUUUCCGCCAUGCAGGGCUGGCGUAUCAGCAUGGAAGACGCACACGCGGCCAUUCUAGAUCUCCACGCCAAAUAUAACGGCCCUAGCGAUCGCGAACCGACCGACCCUGCCCAGCGUAUGGCCUUCUUCGGCGUUUACGAUGGUCACGGUGGCGAUAAAGUUGCGCUCUUCACUGGAGAGAACCUCCACAAGAUCGUCUCCAAGCAGGAGUCAUUCCUCAAGGGUGACAUUGAGCAGGCUCUGAAGGACGGUUUCCUGGCGACUGACCGCGCAAUUCUGGAAGAUCCGAAGUAUGAGGAAGAAGUGUCCGGUUGCACGGCCUCAACUGCGAUCAUCUCGAAACACAAGAUCUGGGUGGCCAAUGCUGGUGACUCGCGAUCGGUCCUCGGAGUCAAGGGCCGCGCCAAGCCUUUGUCGUUUGACCACAAGCCGCAGAACGAAGGCGAGAAGGCGCGUAUUAACGCUGCCGGUGGUUUCGUCGACUUUGGCCGUGUGAAUGGCAACCUUGCCCUGUCUCGUGCCAUUGGAGACUUUGAGUUCAAGAAGAGCCCUGAGUUGUCUCCUGAACAGCAGAUCGUCACUGCUUUCCCCGAUGUUACUGUACACGAUGUUACUGAUGACGAUGAAUUCCUUGUGAUCGCCUGCGACGGUAUCUGGGACUGCCAGUCUUCCCAAGCUGUCGUGGAAUUUGUGCGCCGAGGAAUUGCCGCCAAGCAGGAUCUGUACCGAAUUUGUGAGAACAUGAUGGACAACUGCCUGGCUUCCAACAGCGAGACCGGUGGCGUUGGCUGUGACAACAUGACCAUGACUGUCAUCGGCCUGCUCAACGGCCAGACCAAGGAGGAGUGGUACAACAAGAUCGCAGAGCGAGUUGCGAAUGGAGACGGGCCUUGUGCUCCGCCCGAGUACGGCAAGUCUCACGAGGAACCCGAAGGAACCGAGUUCCGCGGUCCUGGAAUCCGGAAUCAGUUUGAGGAUCAAACCGAUGAUUAUGAGUUGGAAAUGGAGCGUUCGCGGGCUUUUAGCGUGCGUCAGGGUCGAAUCAUUCUUUUGGGAGACGGUACUGAGAUUAUCUCGGACCAGAACGAGGAGGAGCUGUUCAAUCAGACAGAAGAUCAGGACCUUACCAACCAGAUCCAUCCGACCAAUUCACGAAGCGACCGGGAAGCCACACCCGGCCCCCAGGGUCAGCAAGAUGAAGGCAGCGGAACCGUUCAAAUAUCCGAAUCUCCAGCCGCUACCGAGGAGCAGGAGAAGAAACACAUUGCGUGA